CUCUCUUUCUUUCUUUCCAGUUCCGUAGAAGAAAACGCAGAGCAGCCGCACAAGCUGGGCGGAGGAGUUGGUGGGAUUAUGGCGACCGAGAUCGAAGGAGCUCCGCCGGCGGCGGCGGCGGCGGCGAAGCAGCCGCACAAGCUGGAGCGGAAGUGGACGUUCUGGUUCGACAACCAAUCGAAGCCCAAGCAGGGCGCCGCCUGGGGGACCUCUCUCCGCAAGGCCUACACCUUCGACACCGUCGAGGAUUUCUGGUGUUUGUACGAUCAAAUCUUUAAGCCAAGCAAGUUGCUCGCGAACGCUGAUUUUCACUUAUUUAAAGCCGGCAUUGAACCCAAAUGGGAAGAUCCUGAGUGUGCUAAUGGAGGAAAGUGGACUGUUACCAGCAGCAGAAAGGCUACCCUUGAUACAAUGUGGCUUGAAACAUUGAUGGCUUUAAUUGGAGAGCAAUUCGACGAGGCAGAUGAAAUCUGCGGGGUUGUUGCUAGUGUGCGCCAAAGAGGGGACAAACUCGCUCUGUGGACAAAGACAGCUUCAAAUGAGGCUGUACAGACGGGUAUUGGCAGGAAGUGGAAGGAAAUCAUGGAUGUCACUGAUAAGAUCACUUACAGCUUCCAUGAUGACUCUAGAAGGGAAAAAUCAGUCAGGGGACGCUACACUGCCUGAAUCUCUGCUGCCAAUUCUGUUGGUGUUCCUUUAAGUGGCAGCUUCAGGACUUGGUGAUAGUAAUUGAAUGUUAUAUUUAUCGCAUGGAUGGUUUAGCAAGCACGGCAUGUUUUGGAGUCUGGAGCACGCAAAACAAAAAGAAAAGGCUGGAUAUGCUUUAGAGAUGUUUUUCCCCCAUCUGGGUUUGCAAUUUUGUUUUGCCUCAUGAAGCUGUUUCUUCUUCAUGUUGUGCUCAAGCUUAUUGAAAAACAGUAGAAAUGCAUGUUGUUGUGAAGAUUACCACAUGACAAGCAAUAUGAAUUGACUUUCCUCUUUUUGCACUUAA